GGAGGGAGGAGGCGGUGAGGAAUGCGGGAUCGGGCGGGCACCUGGGCAGGCCUGCUGGGAUGGAGCCGGCGCCCGGAGCGGCCGCGCCACCGUGUAUGAAGGGGUCGGUGACCGUGUGUGACAUUCUGCUUUCUCAGGACAUUGCCCUUCUCCCAGAGAGGAGCCUGAGGGAGGAGGACAGAAGGACUAUCAUAAAUUCUUAAAGUCUUAAAGCCAUGUCCAAGGAUUUGGUGACAUUUGGGGAUGUGGCUGUAAAUUUUUCUCAAGAGGAGUGGGAAUGGCUGAACCCUGCCCAGAGGAAUUUGUACAGGAAGGUGAUGUUGGAGAACUAUAGGAGCCUGGUCUCACUGGCAGGAGUUUCUGUUUCUAAGCCAGAUGUGAUCUCAUUAUUGGAGCAAGGAAAAGAGCCCUGGAUGGUGAAGAAGGAGGGAACAAGAGGCGCAUGCCUUGAUUGGGAGUAUGCAUUCAAAAGCAGUGAAUUUUCAUCAAAGCAAGAUAUUUACGAAGAAUUAUCCAAAAAAGUGACAAUGGCAAGAAACCAUAGUAAUUAUCGCCUUGUCUGCCCAGGUUUGGGAGAAUAUGAAAGUGAGGACUGGUUUAAGAACCAGUUGGGAAGUCAGGAAGUACAUUCUAGUCAAUUGAUCAUCACUCAUAAAGAAAUCCUCCCUGAAGAUCAAAGUAAUGAAUAUAAUAAGUCCUGGCAAGCAUUUCAUCAGGAUGCAAUACUUGAUAAACAAAAGAGUUUUCCCACCAAAGAAAGAGUACAUAAGCAUGAGCCACAAAAGAGAACUUACCGAAAAAAAUCUGUUGAAAAGAAACAUAAGAAAGUCUAUGUAGAAAAGAAACUUUUGAAAUGUAAUGAAUGUGAGAAAGUUUUCAACCAGAGCUCAUCCCUUACACUUCAUCAGAGAAUUCAUACUGGAGAGAAGCCCUAUGCAUGUGUUGAAUGUGGGAAAACCUUCAGCCAGAGUGCAAACCUAGCUCAACAUAAAAGAAUACAUACUGGGGAGAAACCCUAUGAAUGUAAAGAAUGUAGGAAAGCCUUCAGCCAGAAUGCACACCUUGCUCAACAUCAGAGAGUUCAUACUGGAGAGAAACCUUAUCAGUGUAAAGAAUGUAAAAAAGCCUUCAGUCAGAUUGCACACCUGACCCAACAUCAGAGAGUUCAUACUGGAGAGAGACCUUUUGAAUGUAUAGAAUGUGGAAAGGCCUUUAGUAAUGGUUCAUUUCUUGCCCAGCAUCAGAGAAUUCAUACAGGAGAGAAACCUUAUGUAUGUAAUGUGUGUGGGAAAGCCUUUAGCCAUCGUGGAUACCUAAUUGUACAUCAGAGAAUUCAUACUGGAGAGAGGCCCUACGAAUGUAAGGAAUGUAGGAAAGCCUUCAGCCAGUAUGCACACCUUGCCCAACAUCAGAGAGUUCAUACUGGAGAAAAACCUUAUGAAUGCAAAGUAUGUAGGAAAGCCUUCAGCCAGAUCGCAUACCUUGAUCAACAUCAGAGGGUUCAUACUGGAGAGAAACCCUAUGAAUGUAUUGAAUGUGGGAAAGCCUUUAGCAAUAGUUCAUCACUUGCACAACAUCAGAGAAGUCAUACUGGAGAAAAACCCUACAUGUGUAAAGAAUGUAGGAAAACAUUUAGCCAGAAUGCAGGCCUUGCUCAACAUCAGAGAAUUCAUACUGGUGAGAAACCUUAUGAAUGUAAUGUUUGUGGAAAAGCCUUUAGCUAUAGUGGAUCUCUUACUCUACAUCAGAGAAUUCAUACUGGAGAGAGACCCUAUGAAUGUAAAGAUUGCAGGAAAUCUUUCAGGCAGCGUGCACACCUUGCUCAUCAUGAGAGAAUUCAUACUAUGGAGUCAUUCUUGACUCUUUCCUCUCCUUCACCCUCCACAUCCAAUCAGUUGCCAAGAUCUGUAGGUUUUAUCUCCUAAAUAUGUCUGGAGCCUGACCCCAUAAAAACAUUUCCAUUUCAUCAUCUUUAUCCAGUACACAUUAAUCUAUUGGACAUGGUAUAUAGAGAUACCUUUCUAAUUGGUCUCCCUGCUUUCACCAUUGCCUCUAUAAGUUGUCCACAUUGCAGCCAAAUUUGCAUUUAAAAAUGUUUGAUUCUAUCAUUUCUCUCAUUAAAAUCUCUUGGUGGUAUCCUGUAGUUCUUAGGUUAAAACAAACAUUCCUCAAAAUAAUCUAAAAGACCACCCCCUCAUCCCCCAGCCCCGAUUCCAGACUACCUUUCAAAGCCCUGUCUCAUGUCAGUGUCCAUCUUAUUCUCUGGAUAGUUAUCCAGAAUUAACUUGUAUUUCAGCAUCAAAUAGAGCUGGGUUGAUCCAAUCCUUGCUCUUCCACUUUCUAAUCCUCUAAUGUUGGUGGAGCAUUUUGUCCUUGGUGUGCUUCAGUCUAUUUGUGUUAUGGGAAUAAUAAUGAUACUACCUCAGAAGUUAAUAGGAUAAUUAAAUGAAACAAUGCAUGUAAAUUGCUCAGCAGAGUGCCUAGCAUAAAAUAAUAACUGAAACGUUAAUGUAAAAUAAAAAGAUACUAUGGUAUACAAAGAAGAGCUGAUCAUCUCAGCCAUGGUCAUUUGAGAAAUAAAAAGAGAAGCAGCAGCUCAGGACUUGGAGAUUGAAAAGAUUUUUUUAUUAGGAAGACUAGUGAUUGUUCUAAAGGUAGGUGAUGAGGAUGUCUAAUAUAAUAUGAUUGACAUUAGAUUCCAAGAUACAGGGUAAGAUGGUGGCUUCUGUUUCAGUAUAAAUACAUAGAUAUAUGACAAUUGUUAAGAAAACUACUUCAUUAGAUAUUCAGCAGUUCUAAGAAGCCAUAUUUUUAAUAAGAUAGAAUUUACUGAGAUGUAUCUAUCAUUUACAUGUAAACAAAGACAAAAUAGAAUUUUUUUAAA